CACACACACACACAGUAUGUAAAAUAGACACUAUUUGAUAACUCUGGUGAUUUUCUCCUGUGUUCAGUUGUCCAGCAGUAUGUUGAGGCACUGGGGGUUUGCUGUGUUCCUGUUGACCAUCCCAAUCCCAGUCCAACCCAGACCCACUAAUGUUCUCAGCAACAGACAACGCCGUUCAGUCGGUCACGCACAGAUGAUGCAUGACAGGAGUCGAUCCCUGCAUGACCGGAAGAGACGUAUGUGGAUCCAGGAGAUGCUUGAGCAGGUGCACACGGCUCAUGCAUGGGAGGGAAGUGUCCAGACCCCGCUGUGGUCCACCGCACACCGACCCAAACCCAUCAGCAGCACCAAACACUUCCCCUUGAGCUUUCACAUGGAGACUGUAGGGACGAGAGACAACCUCCCACAAGAGACGAGCAAGACCCUGAGAUAUGAGGAGCAGAAGAGGAAGAGGAAGAUGAGUUUGGGAAGAUGGAGAGACCUGGAUAGGAGGAGAGACAGGGGUGUGUGGCUUACGUAUGCAAAUACUGAUUAAAGGCCUGUAGAAGAGCCUGGAUGAGAAUGAAGGGGUGUUCACACUGACUGUGAUUCGGAGCAACAGAACUGACUCAAUCUGAUAAAACAGAGCAGGCUUUAUACAAAUGAACAGUGAGAGAAUGUGGUCACAUGAUUUGCUCUCCGAUAAAGUAAC